UUAUAGGACAGGAAUGACCGGAAACACAUAAGACACAAUAACAACAACACACGGGCCUAUGUCUAACUAGCUACACGAAAUCGAAGUGAAAUUGCAUAGAUAAUCUAACAAUAGCAACAUUUUAUGUUACUUUACUCAACUUUUUAACGAAACGAAACACUGAUAAGACAGCGUAAGGAGUCAGUAUGUUCAGUUUUUUCGGACAUCGUAAUAAAGACUCUUCCAAGAAGUCAUCGUCAGAGGAGGAUACAGAUGGGUUCGUGAUAAUCGGAGAAACUGUUGAGGAACAAAGGCAGAAGAUCCAAAACGUGAACAUCAGCAAACCAUCAUGUAACGUCAUUGUGCAACCAUCAAAGUCUUCCAGUGCGACACCUUCCCAGGCCCACCACUCUCCAGCCCCCGCUCCACCUUCCAUGAUCGCCCCAUCACCAGGGCCCAUGUGGAAGCCCCCUGCGCCCAUCGUGGAGGCCCCACCGUCUCUCCCAGAGCUACUAGGAGAUGUCCCGUUCACCCUGGCCCCCCAUGUCCUGGCCAUGCAGACAGGGGGUCCCGGGUUCCCCCUCUUUUCUGAGAUGCUGAUGUCCCCCCGAGACAUCAACCACAAUCUGGCCUCCUUCACUUAUGACUUCACCCUGGAGAACUCUGUGCUCUGUGACCAUUGACCUGUCUACUUUCUGACUGUAUGACCUCUGACCUUUUUGAUCUGUCAACCUCUCCUCCAAUACCAACCCUUUGUCAACCCUGGGUCGUGAUCAUUGGUCAGCAAACAGAAGAAAACGUACUGAAACAGGGCAGGACAACCUGGGCUUGCCUAGUAAGAAAGGCACAUUUUUGUUUAGAGUUUAGCUACAUGUGCUCUACUGAACACAACCUUGGACUGUCUUGUCUCGUUACCACUCAGGUUUAGUUUCAGUUCCAUGGGGCUCUGUCUGAGAAUGGCAGUACUAUAAUUAAUAAUAAACCUGGUUCUGGUGAUGAUCAGCAUUAGGUGGGGUCAAAACUGCACCUGCCUGCAGUGAUGUAGGUACAAACAGUAUGUAGGUAGAUGGGUACACAGAGUUCUACCUUUUUAAGAUUGCGGACUAGGAAUACUAGUUAAGCAUGUUAAUCACUUGCUGAUGCAUGUCAUAGUAGUGCUGGUUCACUGUUUUAAGUGUGUGUGUGUCAGAAGAGCGUUAGCUUCAUGUCUGAUGAUAGGAAUGCUUGAACAUAGCUGAGGCUUGCAUUGAAGAACAGAGUCAGGGUCUAGAAUCACCUGCUGUUGUUGUUGGUUUAGGAAUCACUGAUUUACCUUUUGGGUUUGCACUAAUGUACGUACCAGACAGAUUUCAAAUCGAAUCUUAGGAAGGAAAUUACUUCUUUAUCUGGUUACGUUUUUUACCCUGGUGUCCUCACCUUUGCCAAUGAAGACAUUUCCAAAAAAGUUUGUGUAGCAUAAGCAUUUCUACAAUGGAACUUUGUAGCUUUUUGAUAAUGUAUUUAAAAUGUAAGAAUAUAUAUCCCCUAAUUUUCAACAGUUAUUAUCAGGAGUGGCGUUCUCUUUUGAUCAUCUUCAGCAUGGUAUCAUCAUGUGUUGUAACCUCCCAAACAUUGUAUUUGCUAUUUAUUCUGUUUUAGUCUGUUUUUUUAACAGACCAAGUUUCCUCCAGUUCUCAUGGCACAGUUCAGAUUUGACAGUGUUUCAAGGAAUCCUGUAAUAUACAGUGCCUUCGGAAAGCAUUCAGCCGUCCUUGAUUUUUUUCCCCCCACAUUUUGUUACGUUACAGCCUUAUUCUAAGAUGGA